AUAAGACGUACGCACAUCUUCUCAAUGAUGGCUGCCAGCGCAUAAUAGGGCCUCAUAUCAAUAUCUUACAAAAUUAAGCAAUAUAAUUCAAAGUCUUAACUACGCAAGGUGUUAAAGAGAUUAAAUACUAAACAGACGGUAAGUGUUAUCACAGGAUCUUUGUUGUAGGUAAGCAAACUAAUGGUUGACAAAGGCAUUAUCCAAGGACGAGGAGAUAACAGGAAACAAGCCCCCCAUACGAUAUCCCGGGGCUACUUUAUAAGCCACAAGAAGACCCCGGGUUUGAUCGUCCCGUCUUUCUUCACCAAGCAGUCACUUGACCUAAAAGCAUUUUACUUGAAACCAUACUAGUUAAGCCAUCUCGUGUUGAACAAUCGUGCUGUUCGCAGCUGUCUUCCGGAAAUCACCUCUUGGUUUAAGCCAAUUGAGAUAAUGGAUACCUCUACGCCGCCAUGUUCAUGCACCACCCAAGUCACGAGACGCAAGAGUAUGUUGCGCAAGUUCCUGGCGUUGCGAAAACCAACUAUAAAGCGAACUCGAUCCGGAAGGUGCUCGGAAUGUAAGAUAGCACCGCAUCGUGAAGGCCAGGUGUUAGAUCAGCUUCCGAAGGACGUUGAACAGCUCGCGGGGAGGACAAAUACUCGGCAAGAUGUGAGAGGAUACGAUGCCGAUAACAUAGCGUGUCGCCUCUCGAUUAUUUCGAUGGUUGCCAGGUUUACCCAUGGCUUGGAGCAUGAAGAAGAGGUUGAUCUUGCUGAGAGGGUCUAUACACAGCUCAAGAUGGAGGGCAGCCCGUUAGUCGAUAUGAGGUGGGUAGGCGGCUUGGAUCAACUCCCAGAUAUGGUGUUUGAGCACCUCCAUACGGUUAUGAAGAACCAGCUCGGAUCGUCUUAUAGUUUUGACGAUUCUAGCGAGUAAAUCUUCAUUUAGUCGAACUACGAAGAUGGUAAGUACCCUGGGUAGGUACGUUUUGUAUUUCUUGCCCGGUAAGGGUAAUGAUGUAGCAUUAGAGUAAGUAUUGAUUUGAGCUUCAAGCAUAUUAAGUAUACCA